AUACAAGAACUGGGGUACAGGCCAGAGAUGCAGGGAGGCGAGAGGAUUCAUCAGAAACAGAGUGGGGGAGCAGAACAGGCAGACUGACUGAAAUACACUGCUAAGGGGAGCAGCAGGUGAGACAGAGGUCUGUUUCGCAUUGUUGGUUGCUCCAUAGCCGGCCUGGGAUCGAACUCGUGCUGCAGAGGCUGUGGAUUGCUUUAUAGUGCAGUGCUUAACCCCAUGUGCCAGCAGGAUGGCCCAGGGCGGGGAGGGUGAUUACUUUUUAAGGGAGAAAUACUGCAGGGUUGUUGUCAUUUAUUGUCAGCUAUAGACAUCUCUCCAAUGAAAAAAGGCUGCCUAAGUAUGUGUAAUAGUGGGCAAAAAUUGAGUCUCUGUAUCAUUCUCUCAUAAAUGUAUUGUUUUCAGAAUGAGAAAUGCUUACAUGAGCUGCAUACUAUGACUCCCAUUUAAUGUUUAUUUCUGGUGUCCCAACAAGACAUUAAGAUUUUAGACUCUGAGACCAUAGGAUUUUCAUUAUGCCCACCGGUAAGAUGCCAACUCCCCGUCUUAUAUGGGGGGAGUCUCUAUUAACCCAAGAAUAUUCAUUGGAAACUACUAUCUGUGUCUUAGAAAUUUUACCCAUUGGGCUUCCUUAGUCUUUUUCGACAUAACUUCAAGUACUUGGCGAUAGCUGUCAUCUUUUUAUCCACUAGGUCCUUGUUUUUGUGGAUCCCUGGUUUCCUCAUAUGUAACCCCCUUCCUUAUUUUGCAUAUAAUAAUCUUAAUAGCUUUUCCCAAGGUUUUGUGAGUUCUUUUCUGGUAACUUUCUCUCUUACUGAAUUUAUUCUCAGGUGAAACCUGCCCUCAUGGAACUCACCUUGAGUAGAGGACUGAAUUGCAUCUUCAGAAACAACAAGUGAACCUUUAAAGAUGCAUACAGGGUUGCAUAAAAUGAAGAGAGAAACUGAGAAACAAUGAAGUAAGGAAAAAGUAUGUUUCCCAGGUAACAGCAGCCCAAGGAUGCGAGAUUCGGGAGUGGGAGAUGGCCUGUGAAGUUUCAAUAGGGAAAAUUUUCUUUCUGCAAACAACUGAAAAAACUCUCCUUGGAAACUAUUUCUUUGGCCCUCAUGGAGCCACUGGAUCUUGGACCGCGAGGCCCUUGAUGGGACAAGCUUUCACCCUCUGAUCACCCAGAGCAAUUGUCACCAUGGCUAGCAAGAGGAAAUCCACCACCCCGUGCAUGAUCCCGGUGAAGACUGUGGUGCUUCAGGAGGCCAGUGCAGAAAGCCAGCCUGCUGAGGCUUUGCCUGAAGGACCCCAGCAAGAUCUGCCCCCAGAAGCACCAGCUGUCAGCAGUGAGGCAGCCCAGAGCUGCAGCAGUUCCGACAGCACUGUACUGGCCAACGGGCAUCGGAGCACUUUGGAUGGCUAUUCCUACUCCUGCAAAUUCUGUGAUUUCAAAUCCCAGGACAUGACUCAAUUUGUGGGGCAUAUGAACUCAGAGCACACAGACUUUAGUAAAGACCCAAAUUUUGUAUGCACUGAAUGCAGUUUUCUGGCAAAAACCCCCGAGGGACUAUCUCUGCACAAUGCCAAGUGUCACUCAGGGGAAGCCAGCUUUGUGUGGAAUGUGGCCAAGGUAGACAAUCAUGUAGUUGUGGAGCAGAGUGUCCCCGAGAGCACUGGCACUCCUGAGCAGUCAGGUGAGCCAAAUGCGGAAGCGGGCACUGAUGGACAGGCUGAAAUCAUCAUUACCAAAACUCCAAUCAUGAAGAUAAUGAAAGGCAAAGCCGAAGCCAAAAAAAUUCAUACGCUCAAGGAGAAUGUCCCCAGUCAGCCCGCUGGUGAGGCCUUACCAAACUCAUCAGCUGGGGAAGCAGAGGUGAAAGAGGGGGACCACUCCUUUAUCAAUGGGGGGAUCCCAGUCAGCCAGGCACCUACCAACACAGCAAAACCCCCCCAUGCCUCCAAUGGGCCUCUGAUAGGAACAGUGCCAGUCUUGCCGGCAGGCAUAGCACAGUUCCUCUCCCUCCAGCAGCAGCCCCCGGUGCAUGCCCAGCACCACACCCACCAGCCACUGCCCACCUCCAAGUCCCUGCCCAAAGUGAUGAUCCCCCUGAGCAGCAUUCCAACAUACAAUGCAGCCAUGGACUCCAACAGCUUUCUGAAGAACUCUUUCCACAAGUUUCCCUACCCAACCAAAGCCGAGCUCUGUUACUUGACGGUGGUCACCAAGUAUCCAGAAGAGCAGCUCAAGAUCUGGUUCACAGCCCAAAGGCUGAAGCAGGGUAUCAGCUGGUCCCCUGAGGAGAUCGAGGAUGCCCGGAAAAAGAUGUUCAAUACAGUCAUUCAGUCUGUACCUCAGCCCACAAUCACCGUUCUGAAUACUCCCCUGGUUGCCAGUGCUGGCAAUGUCCAACAUCUCAUCCAGGCUGCUUUACCAGGCCAUGUGGUGGGACAGCCAGAGGGCACGGCAGGAGGACUGCUGGUCACUCAGCCACUCAUGGCCAACGGGUUGCAGGCACCAAGCUCAUCUCUUCCCCUCACAGUUACAUCUGUCCCUAAGCAACCAGCUGUUGCACCCAUUAACACUGUGUGUUCAAACACAGCUUCGGCUGUGAAGGUGGUCAAUGCGGCCCAGUCCCUCCUGACUGCCUGCCCCAGCAUAACUUCCCAAGCCUUCCUUGAUGCCAGCAUCUACAAAAAUAAGAAAUCUCAUGAACAGCUGUCAGCUCUGAAAGGGAGCUUCUGUCGGAACCAGUUCCCGGGACAGAGCGAGGUUGAACAUCUGACCAAAGUGACGGGCCUCAGCACCAGAGAGGUGCGGAAGUGGUUCAGUGACCGGAGAUACCACUGCCGGAACCUGAAGGGCUCCAGAGCGGUGAUGCCCGGCGAGCACGGCUCCAUCAUCAUCGACACCUUGCCAGAGAUGCCCUUCUCCCCGUCGGCCAAGGCUCCUGAGGUGACCUGCAUCCCAAUGGCGGCCACCCUGGCCACCCACCCUUCUGCCAAACGGCAGUCCUGGCACCAGACCCCUGACUUCACACCAACCAAAUACAAGGAGCGAGCCCCUGAGCAGCUCAGAGCCUUGGAGAGCAGUUUUGCACAAAACCCCCUUCCUCUCGACGACGAGCUGGACCGCCUGAGGACUGAAACGAAGAUGACCCGAAGGGAGAUUGAUAGCUGGUUUUCAGAGAGGCGGAGGAGGGUGAACACGGAGGAAACCAAGAAGCCGGGCGGAAGCGCCUCUCAGGAGGAGGAGGAGGCCCCCGAGGACGAGGGUGAGGAGAACCCCGCCAGUGACCAGAGGGUACCUGGUGAAAACUGCUCCCCAGAAGCAUCCAGCAGCCACACCUCGGCAGAACGCAAAGUCAGCCCCAUCAAAAUCAACCUCAAGAACCUGCGGGUCACCGAGGCCAACGGCAAGGGCGAGCUGCUGGCCCUGGGCGCCUGUGAGCCCGAAGAUGACGGUGCCAACAAAUCGGCGGAGCAGGCCCCAGGCAAAGUGAGCUUCAAAAAGACAGCCCAGCAGCGGCACUUGCUGCGACAGCUCUUUGUCCAGACACAGUGGCCAAGCAACCAGGACUAUGACUCCAUCAUGGCCCAGACAGGUCUGCCGCGGCCGGAGGUGGUGCGCUGGUUUGGGGACAGCAGGUACGCCCUGAAGAACGGCCAGCUCAAGUGGUACGAAGACUACAAGCGGGGCAACUUCCCACCAGGGCUGCUGGUCAUUGCCCCGGGCAACCGGGAGCUGCUUCAGGACUAUUACGCGACUCACAAGACGCUGUACGAGGAGGACCUGCAGAGUCUCUGCGACAAGACCCAGAUGAGCGCCCAGCAGGUCAAGCAGUGGUUUGCGGAGAAGAUGGGCGAGGAGACCCGAGCCGUGGCAGACACAGGCAGUGAGGAUCAGGGCCCUGGUGUGGGGGACCCGGCGGCAGCUCACAAAGUGGGCGUGAGUGACACCUAUUCCGAAGUGUCUGAGAACAGCGAAUCGUGGGAGCCCAGCGCCCCUGACGCCACCUCAGAGCCCUUUGACACACCGAGUCCCCAGGCUGGACUGGAGCUGGGCAGGCUGGCAGCAGGACUCAUCCACCUGGCUGCUUCCGGGCAGUUGACGGCAGAAGACCCUGUAGCGUGAUACGAAACAGACUGAAUUUGAACCGAACGCUGUGAAGGACUGGGCAGUCUGAGAUGCCACCUGCCACGUGGAAGGGGCCAACCCAACUCUCUGCCGCCACUUGCCGUGCCUGUGUGCGGCACCGUCACGCAGGAGAGCUUCCAAGACUUCCGACAGCCCAGAGCCUGCCGCCACCUUCGGCCUGUUACCAUCCAGCAAGCUGGGAGAGCAGAGUUCUCUUCAGUUCUUCCGCCCACAACGUAGGACCUUUCCUUUGCCUUCCAGUGGAUAAAAUAGUUCAGAUUUCAUAUUCAUAGACACAGAAUCGAGUUUUUAACAUAUAAACCCGCCUAUACACAUUUAAUAAAAUACCAGAUUAUAAACACUUUUAAUACAUAGAAACUGGCUAGCAAAGCAGUACAUUGUCUUUUGCAUCAUCUCUGGAAAUGCCCUGUGUCUGUUCUCUGGAGAUGGCUGGGGCCGCACGCGCCCGCACCCUUCACGGUCGGGCAGGAGUUACAGCACACUCAGAACUACAUCUGGAAGCCCCACGUACCCCUCUUUGCAUUCCCCAAGGAAAGCAUCACCUUGGAAGAGAUCGCUGCUGCGUCACGUGGUAUCCGGCAAAGUUUCUCGCCAGACUUCCGUUGCCUUAUGGGAUAAUCAGUGCAGAGCCCAUAAUUUUAAAAAACAGGCUGGUCAUGUCACUAGUAUUUGAUCAUUUCUUCUCUAGUUGUUACAGUAAUUCUGCUUUUUUAUGGCAGUUUCAACCAUGAACUCUUAUCAGAUGAACUAAGGAAACAUUUGCUGUUAAGUCUAAUGUACCCACCUAUGUGUUUGCCUUUAAAAAAAAAAAAAAUAUGGACGCGUAUAGAUGGAGAAAAGUUGAAAAAGACCCGUGGUGGGGGUGGAGGUAGAGUGUGCCCCCAUAGCCUGUAACUUCCCGCAGCCCCUGAGCCCUUUCUCCACAUUACUCCAAAGCGGCCCGUGUUUGGGCAGAAAGAGCCACGCUUGCCCAGUAGCAAGAGUGGGAGCUUCAGGGGCCCUGGGUUUCUGGAAUCGUCAGAGCUGUAAUGGUCUUUGGCACAGAGGUGUGCAGGUGGGGGUCCCUCACAGAGUGAGUGCCAGAGGAGCCUGGGCUCCCACUCAGGGCCUGCCCUGCGUGCCAGGCUGUCGCCCCAGAGGUGCUGGACAUCACUGGGCUGGCGUCUGAGAAUGUUUUUAAAGUAUAUAUUUAUAUCCCCAAUAUGGAAACACAAUCUCCGACCUAACCCUUGUAUCCAUUUUUUAAAAUUGAGACCAUCACAGGAAAAGGUGCCUUUGAAGCAUUGGAGGACCUGGCUCACCAAGCUGUCCUAAACUCAGCAGAAGACCCCCAGCGCCCCGAGGCUGCUGCUCUGAGAGCAGCAGGCACAGUGGGGCAGGUCCAGGCCUCGCCCACAGCCCCGCCCGCUCUUAGGGCGCCUGCUCCCCAGAGCACGGAGGCCUCCAGGUCUCACUGCAGCCUGGGUGGGUGGCCCCAGGAGACUAGGCGAGAAGUCGGAGCUUUGGGCAGGGCAUAUUCGUGAUGGGUCAGGCACCUCCUCCUUCCCCAUCCCCUUAGGGAGCUGGGCCUGGCAGGGCACCUGGCUGGGCUCUGACGACCGACCGGUGAUGGCGGGAACAUCUACUGCCCAGAAGGAAAUUUUGUUUGGAAACCAAAAGCCUCUGAACCAUUGUUCUUCUAAAGUGUCUUCUCCUACCCUCCCUGACCCAGCAGGGGCCACCUCUUGUCUGUCUCGAGCAGGUGACCUGUGAGUACUUGGCAAGUUUUGCAGCCUGUUUUUGUAUCCUUUUCAUUUUGGCUGUGGCGUUGUUAGCGCCAAAGGCCUCUUUAGGAAUUACCAAGAGUGGCGAGUGACUGCCUUCCUUCAGAGAACAGACACCUGGAAUUUUCCCUUUAGUGUUUAUGCACAUGCAGAUUAAUUUACAUAUACACAUAGUGCAAAUACUCAUUUGAUACUUUACUCAUGAAAUGCACAUCUGACGUGCGCGCUUGAACUAAGUGGCACGUGGGUACUGGGGGGAAGGCUGUCACCCUGGCCACGGCUGGGGCACCCAGCACGAAGCCAUCUCUGUGUCUGACACCACCCCGCCAGCACGCCCCCAGAGCCUCGAGUGCACUGGUCGAAGAGGGGUGUCUUUGGGGAAGAUUUUCUCAGUUGCUUUAUUUGUAUUCACAUUUCAUUUACAACCCAAACAGCAAAACAGGAAAAAAAUAUUGUGGUGGACGAGUUCAUGCAGAACACAGAGAGCCGCCUGAUCUCGGCACCAGCUCGUCUUUAGGGUGGCCAAGCUGCAGAGCUGCCCACCAGCCAGGGCCAUGUCGCGAAGGGCAGGUAAGGAGCCCAGCACACUGGACAGACCCUCCUUCCCGUGUGCUGGGGCCGUGGUGAAGAAGCGGGGUUUGGGCCUCGUGCUUCAAAGAAUGUGAUCAAAGGUGAGGGGGAGAGGUGUAGGGUGAUCCGGCAGAUGCCCGGUGGGACGUGGCGGCAGGUACCCGGGGCUUUGGCGACAAAACCGUGAACACAGCCGCCGCCACAGAAGCACCCUCGCUAGCCCGGAAGCGAGCUGCUCCCACCGUGCUGGGGGAUGUGGGCGGCAGCCGCCGGCUUGCAGCCCUGUCGCUCGGCAGAUCGCGGUAGUUUUGCACAGUGCUGAAGGGGUGGGGCAGUCUGGGGGCUGCACGGCUGAGAGAGGUGGGGUGGGGUUCGUCCCUCCUGGAGAAAAGCCUGUUUUAGAAGGUGACUCAUCUCCCCCCCUUGUCUGUAUGCACUUGGACGCAUCAGUCAGUAAAAUGUUUGUGUUCCUUGUUGCUAUGUCUUGUUCGCGUUUGGCUCAUUUUUCACAGGAGGUGGUAGAGCUGAUGUUAGUGAAGUCAGUCACCAUUCUAGGGGAGUCUGGAUUUAGGGUACGUGUCUCCUGCUCAUUGUGAUGUUCAUUCUUGGCCAUUAAGGAGCCUUUUGACUUGGGAGGAGCGUUGGCGUGUUGAGGAGUCGCGGGCUCCUGACGGACUGCCCUGGCCGGAGGGCCUGCCAGCGCUUGGGGGGCCGGUAGCGAUGGUGGGGUCAGAGCGCCUUCUCUCGCUCGGUGGCCCGUGGCUGUUACGUGGACGGACCAAAGCGCCUUGACCCGUGCCCCACACCCUGCUCUCCAGAAGCGAAAGGAGGGGCGCUGGGCCGUGCGGCGGCACCUCGCAGGCCCCCCAUGCGCUGAUGGCUGCAGCUGGCCUGGGAGAUGUCCCCCCCGGAAGUUUCGGCGCCUUCUCCAGGGCUGAGAUGUGGCUUUUGUAGAUUUUCCCCCCACUCAGUGAGGGGUUCAGGAACCAGCCCCGGGUCCCCUUCCUCUGGCCCUGGGCUGUCUGAGCCAGGCCCGCUUUCCGCACGCGUCCUCUCCCGCAGCCCGCUGCUUGGGGCGCCCCGUCCUGCGCCCCGUUACUUCGGUCUUCCUCUCCUCGGGCCAGAGUCCUUGGGCUGGAGCAGCGCUGUCGGUUCCGACAUCGCAGCGGGGUGGGUGCGGGCCCUCUGCUGGAGAGGGAGGCCGGCCCGCGAGCCACGCUGGGGUGGGGCUCCUCAACCCCUUGGGCCGUUUCCCUGGGGCCGUUUAUCUGUUAGGCUCACCCGGCAGAAGGUGCGCUGUCGUGUGUCCCUUUGACGCGGAAGGCUCAGUUGUAGGCUAGAGAAGAAAAAUCGUCUAGACAAGGAAGGUCUGCCCGGCAGUCCUCUGCCAGAGCCAGCUGCUGGCCCGGGGGAGGCUGACAGGACUGUUCUCACUCCAGACGGGCGCUCCCUCUUCAGAGGCCUCCCAAGUCACUUCCUUUCUCCCCGCCUCCCUGCCCGGACCUCAGAGAGCACCUGCCUCCACAAAAGCUCCGGCUCCCGAGAAAGCUGCUCUCAGAGCCGGGCUUCAUGCAGUGGAGGUCCCCGCGAGGCUGUUUGUUCUGGCCCUUUCUUAGCGGCCCAGCCCUGCCACACCGGGUGGAGAGGCGGCCGGGGGUGACCUCUCAGCAAAGCAGUGGACUUUGAAUUUGGCCGAGCGACUGGAUGAAGUGGUGAUCACGGGUGCUCGCUCCGCCGGCCAGCUCUGCGUCCCAGAUGGAACCAACAGGCCCCGGCUCAAAUUUGUUCCUGCUGGAAUCUGUCUUCCCAGUGCUGGGAGGGAGGGGCGAUGGG